UACACAACACACACGCACACACACAAGCAGAUCCACAGAUACACAUCAUCAGCAGCGCAGGAACAAGACAUGCCAUAAUAAAAAACACGGCGACAGGUCGGGGACAAUACACCACCGCAUUGCGAAGCGGAGGAGGACUGUUGCAGCAGCUCAGGAAUGUCCACCGUGAAGCCCUGAAGAGAAAAUGAAGCGCAAGAGCGAGAGGAGACGAGCCGAGUCGAGGAAAAAGCGCUGUGCAGCCCACAACAGCUCAGAGGCGGAGCCAAACUCUGAUAUUUACAUUGAGAUAACAGAUCAACUAUAUUUCGCCAUACUUCAGCAGAAGAUCAAGAGCACGGCUGAACGACACUGUUUCUGCAUAGAUGAAGAGCUGGCGUAUGAGAACUUCUAUGCGGACUUUGGUCCCCUUAACCUGGCCAUGUUUUAUCGCUUCUGUUGCAAGCUGACAAAGAAGCUCAAGUCCAUUACACUCUCAAGGAAGAAGAUUAUAUUUUAUACCUGUGGAGACCAGAAGAAACAGGCCAAUGCUGCCUACCUAAUAGGCUCAUAUGCUGUAAUGCAUCUAAACAUGGCACCAGAGGAGGCCUACAGUCUGCUGGUGUCAAGGAAUUCAACAUACAUCCCAUUCAGAGAUGCUUCGUUUGGAACCUGCAUGUACAAUCUGAACAUCCUAGAUUGUCUUCGUGCUGUUCACAAGGCUCUGCAGUACGACUGGCUGGACUUCUCUAACUUUGAUGUGGAAGAAUAUGAGCACUACGAGAGAGCAGAAAAUGGAGACUUAAACUGGAUCAUUCCAGGAAAGUUCCUUGCAUUCAGUGGGCCUCACCCAAAAAGCAAAAUAGAGAAUGGGUAUCCUCUGCACGCUCCUGAAGCCUACAUUCCUUACUUUAGGAAACGCAACAUCACCACUAUCAUCCGCCUCAACAAGAAGAUGUAUGACGCCAGGCGUUUUACAGACUCUGGCUUUGAGCAUCAUGACCUGUUCUUCGUGGACGGGAGUACACCUAAUGACUCGAUUGUCAGGAAGUUCCUUAACAUCUGUGAGAAUGCAGAAGGAGCCAUAGCCGUCCAUUGCAAAGCUGGUCUGGGGAGGACUGGCACUCUGAUUGGCUGCUAUAUGAUGAAACAUUACCGCCUGACUGCUGCAGAGGCCAUUGCCUGGAUACGGAUCUGCCGACCAGGGUCGAUCAUUGGGCCACAGCAAAACUUUGUUGAAGAGAAGCAGAACAGUCUGUGGGCUGAGGGAGAUGUUUUCCGGGAGAAGAUGCUAAAUGAGCGUGAAAAUGGCAAGAUGGCCGUAACCAGGAUCCUGUCUGGAGUGGAUGACAUAACUAUCAACGGGAGCAACAAGAACAGGACACUCAAGAAAGAAGAAAUGGACCUUUAUAAUGAUGAAGAGGAGAGAAAUGGCCUUACACAGGGUGAUAAACUGAGAGCCCUGAAGAGCAAGAGGCAGGCCAGAUCGUCUUCAGGUUCACUAUCGCAGGAAGAGAAUAAGAUUCACACCAGGUCAUCAUCACAAUCCCUAAGGGCCAUCUUGCAGGCCAGUGUUCAGGGCUGUAAGACCAGUGUCAACCCCUUGGCUCUGUCUGACCACUCAGACAGCAGGAAGAGGACCAGAACCUCACUGCCAGCCAACGGAGUAGGAGGAAGCUCCCUGUGCCACACCAGACUGGUCAGGUCCCUAGGCAACUUGCAUGUAGUGACUGGCGACAGGGACCCAAUGUGUUGUGAGCCAUGUGGCAGCCAUAGAGACGCAGCCAGUGCCACAGCCAACACAGGCGCUCUCAUCAACUUAAACAUGGCACAGGUCCACCUGCAGUCACUCCAUACCCAAAGCUAGAGCUCCUCUACUUCGGUGAGCCUGUGGAUCUGGAAAGCCUGAGGAAAUCCAACUUCAAUACAGCUGUACUACUUUCAGUUGAUUUUUAAUUUUCAGAAAAAGGUUGGAACAAACUUUUAACCAACGUGAUGUGACAUGUCAAUGAUUUAUAGAUUGUUUGAUUACAGGUUAUUUUACCCAUAAGGCACUUUGGGGUUUUGUUUUUUUUUUUUUUUUUAAUAUUUUUAAACACGGCAUCAUGAAACAGUUUUAAUCAUUGCCUGGUUGUUCCUGCUUAUUAAAGCAUGUAGUAGCAAACAUAUUGAACCACAUCCAUCAGACCGGCAUGUGAAUGUGAAAAUCAAAGAGAUGUCCUCCAAAACGAGCACUGUGCAGAAGAUAUUCUGGUUUAUAAGAUAAAUGAUUUGCAUUCAGUUAGAAAGAUUUGGAGAUAGAUUUAAGGAGCCAGGAGCUGCUCUCGGCCCUCCAUGGCAGAAGCCAGAAGCCUGCGUUUGCCAUGGAUGUAGAUGAAACAUCAAGUCACUGUUGACAAGAAUUCCAUCACAAGAUAGAGUACUGUGCGCAUUUGUAAUUCAAUAUCCGGCUUGUCUUUUUAUUCCCGUCAUUUACUUGUGAAGCUUUUCAGCUGCUGUAUUUCAAGGGUGUAAAUAUGUCAACAUUUGAUAUACUCAGUUUGUAUUUUGUAAAUAUUUUUGUACUAUGUUUGAAUCAUGCUAUGAAAUAAGUCAAUGGUCCUUAUGGGACCUUGUCUAACUCAUGUUCAUAACCCACUAAAAACAUUUGCUUCAAGCACAUAGAAUCAGACAUUUUAAAUAAAAACUGUACUCCCAA